AUCGGCAUUGGGUACUUAACUGUCAACAACAUGGCUGUCUCGAUGUGUGCACGACUGUUUCUCCAGAGAUCUUCACAGGGUCUUCGGCUCAACCCUCUGACAUCCCCCGCGUUCACAAGGUACAGUACUGCUGACUGCUCAGAAACGAGACAUCUAGAGAAUAGAAACGACAAUGUUUUAGUGCUAACUGUUACACAAUUGACAUCUCUACCCCCUGCCUGGCUACUUAGCUAAUGUUAGCUUUUGGUAGAUGCUGGUGUCAAAGCUUGCUACUUGAGAUACAUCCCAGGCAGAGUAUACCAAUUCUAUGGUUAUUACAUCUUGCUAGGUACAGAGAGCCACAUUUCAUAAUACAGAGAGCCCCGUUUCAUAAAAUCUGAUGAAAAUGGCUAUGGCAUCCCAAUGCAUGUUUGAAGGUAAAGUCAACCCCAAUAUCAAAGUUUGUCAGAUGUUUUUAGACUUCAAAUCUAGUUAUGAUGUCCCUAUCCCACGUCAUCCAGAUGUAGCCACUAGCCAGGUAAUGGUACAGUAUGUGAUGGAAAAGUAACUUAAUGUCUCUCCUUCUCCUCCAGCCCCUUUCUAUCUCGCGCCCACAGGCUUGGGCCCAGUGAUGAUGAGAUGUACCAGCGUACCACAGUGUCCAUCAUGCAAAAAGAACCAGGAGCUGGAGCAAUGAUCCACAGCUACAGCCCCAGAGGGUUCAACAUCGAUGGGAACCGUGUUUUCGGGCCAUGUGCCCUGCUACCUCCAGCCAUCCUCCAAUGGAAUGUAGGAAAGAGUUUUAGUUUGACCUUUCCUCUAAUCCCCACAGGAAGUAAACCUUUAUGAUGGUUCUAUUUUUUUCAUCUCUCUUCAGCUUUAGUUUACAUGCUCCCUGUAAUACUGUUGAGUGCUGUGUGAGAGUGAGAUAUUUAACUGGCUAAAUUAGGAGUGAUGAUGAGUAGAAUAUGAGAUGUAACAGUGUAGAAUGUUGAUUGUGCUUUUGGCUUCUCAUCUGUCGCCCCCUGCAGGUAGGCAGCUAUAAAGACAUCACUGUAGAGAGCAUGGCCCUUUUCCACAUGCUGGAACCUCGAAUUGGUGAGACAAAAUUCAAUUAUACUUUAGUCACGCUGACACAAAUUAUGAGGAUAGACAAAAAGUCAGAUACUCUAAUUUAUGAAUGCACAAACUUAUGCAAGAUUCUGUUAGGUUCUAAGUUCUGGUACAAAUCCAGUCGGACACCAGAGGAAGCUCAGACUAGAUAUAUUCCACCCAAACUGGAGGCUACAGCUGCAUAGCACCCAUACAAUUUACACAAUCAUAUAUUUAUACCUUCCGAUUAGGCGGAGCCACCUCCUUGUAUUUCUAUCAGUCUCUGUUGCCAAGCAACAACUGAGUGAUCCUCCUAUUGGUGUUAUGAGUCCAGAACCUCGUGUGUGUGCGCGUGUGUGAGCGAUAAGACUCCAGUUGGAGUGUUGUUGGGAUGGUCCCCUCUACCCUCUUAAAUAGUUGCCAGUUCAUAUUUGAUCUUCAGAGCUUGACUAUGAUGAUGUACAGUGUUAUCACCUGAACAGCUUAAUGAUUGUAUAUUCUCAUGAUGUCUCUCUUGAAUGCUUUGUAUCCAUAGAGGUUCUGGUCCUGGGCACAGGGGGUCGGUCAGAGCGGAUUGACCCCAAAGUCCUGGCCCUCCUCAAGAGCAAAGGCAUCGCUGUGGAGGUGCAGGACACGGUAGGGACACCUGACCUCAUCUGGCAUCUGUCUACAGCAGAAGGAUUAGGGUUGUGUAAUAGAUUUCAGUACAUUAGCAUUUAUAGACCGGUUUACCCAAGCCUGGUUCAGAAUGUCCUCUUGAGAUUUCUCUCAUAUCAAGUUACUGUGUGCCACCACCUGGAAAGUAGCUCUCCAUCCAUACACAGACAUGGGCAGCCCCUGCCUAUAGAAUAAGGUGUAGGACAGUUAUAAUUUGCAUUUUUCCUCUCUCUCUCUGACACUCAUCCCUUUACCUUCCUCAGCCAAACGCUUGUGCAACCUUUAACUUCCUGAGCAGUGAACGGCGAGUGGUGGCAGCAGGUCUGAUUCCUCCUCCAAUCAGCACGGAGCUGGAGUAGCAACAACAGAAGGAGGUCUUGAUUGGACUUGAUGGAAAAAAGGAACUAUUUUCACCACUUGGAUGGAUGAUCUGGAUAAAUCUGUCCUCAUUCAAGGGCUGAGUUAUGUUUUUUAGCCAUUGCAAACUGGGUGGAUUUCUGGCAUUUCCCCAUAUAAAUGUGGUGUGUGUGUGU